UCCCCCGUUUCCACCCAGCAAAUUGUGCAUGCUGACAGUGACACCACCUAACAACAUUCUUAGAGACGGUCUGGUGGGAACAAGGUCUGGUGGGAACAAUCUAUCAAUAGACAACCUGCGAAAAUAAAUUUCAGCCAUUUUGGAAAAGGCCCUUUUCACAGGCAACGAAUAUGACAAGUUCUAUUCAGAAGAUCCACACAUUGAUGUCCAAGCUUUCAUGCCUGAGAAUAGUCCAUCAGACGCUCGACACACAAUGCAGGAGAUAUUCUGAUGUCCACACCGUGAAAAAGACGAAGUUGAGAUCAACAAGACCGCAGACCAAGUAUUUUCAUGAUUAUCGCCAAGUGACAGUGGUAGGAGGAAGCGGAGGGAAUGGGUGUGUGUCGUUCCAUACAGCGUUUGCACUGGAAUGGGGCGGCCCAGAUGGAGGCGAUGGUGGAAAUGGAGGUCAUGUCAUUUUUUUAGCUGAUUCAAAUUCGAAGGACUUGGGGUCAGUGGAGUCAAAUCUACGAGGUGACGCUGGUGAUGUUGGGAGAGGUAAAAACUGCCAUGGAAAGAAUGCUGAACAUACUUAUGUGAAAGUCCCUAUCGGUACAAUUGUGAAAGAUGAAGAAAACAGAUUUCAGGUGGAUCUGAGCCAAGAGCAGCAGAUGUAUGUUGCUGCCAGAGGUGGCGCAGGUGGGAAAGGCAACCACUAUUUCCUGAGCAAUCAGGAGCGUGCGCCUGUUAUAGCAGAAAAAGGAGCCAAGGGCGAGAACCGAAAACUUCAGCUGGAGCUGCGGGUAAUGGCACAUGCAAGUUUGAUUGGAUUCCCAAAUGCUGGAAAAUCAACGUUAUUACGAGCAAUAUCACGUGCUCGCCCAAAAGUUGCUGCAUACCCAUUCACCACGUUGCAUCCAAGUAUCGGUAUGGUAGAAUAUGAGGAUCAUGAGCAAAUUGCAGUUGCAGACAUACCAGGGCUAAUUAAAGGAGCUCACGAAAACAGAGGGCUUGGAAUCUCCUUCCUGCGGCACAUUGAACGGUGCACAUGCCUGCUUUAUGUGAUCGAUCUUGCCGCCGAGAAACCUUGGACUCAACUCGAUGACCUGAAGUAUGAACUGGAACAAUAUAGACCAGGACUCUCAGAACGUCCUCAUGCCAUCAUAGGGAAUAAAAUCGAUGUCGAGGGAGCUGCAGAACGGUUGAAGGAAUUACAGGAGCACGUUGUUUUACCUGUUUUCUCAAUCUCUGCUAAAGAACUUAUAAAUAUUGACCCAUUUUUGCGUCAUCUGCGGUUACUUUAUGAUCAGGACAAAGGGAACACUGAAUUAUGAAGUAAUUCUGGACAUCUUGUUUGAUAAUUUGCCUUUGUGGGCCAUUUAUAUUACCAUGUAUUGGCCUUUUCGCUCAAUGGUACAGUGAGUCUAUGCAAUGGCGCUGUGUCUGUCGUCCAUCGUAUCCUUUUUCAGCUACGCUGGCUUCCAGCGGAGCUUAUGGUUUGUACUGGAGCUGGCCGAAAGUAGUUCCAGCAAAAUAGUUGCAUUUUCAUCCAAAUUUGCUGUAGCUGGGCCAGAAAAUGUGCCAGGAUACCAAUAUUUUGAACUCUUGUUUCGAUAAGAUUAUAGCUAUUCACAGCAGAAAGGCUAAACGCCCCGUAAUUGGCAGUAAUUGGCAGAUUUUAAGCUGGAAAUUGUCGUCUGGUCAAAAGUGGCAAAACGGCCUCGAUCCUACCUGUCUUUGUAAUGUGCUGAACGCGCUACACAUAAGGCAUUGCCCUAAGGCAUUGCAGCCGAGGCUGAUAAAGUGAUGGCCAUUUUGCGAAUGUAUAUAGAGUGUGUACGUUCACUUCAAAACAUAGUUCCAAUUUAAAUUUUUCAUAACGAGCAGUUAGAAAGUGGUAUUUCCCUAUAUUUUGAUUCUCAAUGUCAACAUGUCGUUUUGUGGGGUUAUUUUAUCUAAUUCUUAUUAAUAUUGCCGGUAAAAUACACGUAGAGAAACCCAGAUUCAUGCGCUCAGUUCAUCUACGUACGGUAGGCCUAGACGUUUUGACAGAAAACCAGGGUGAGUUUUCUCUGUAUUUUCUUUUGAUUUGCUAGGUACAAUUGGCCAUGACAAUAUUGUUAUUUGAAAAGUCAUAGUAUAGAAUGAUUCCCGUAGGUUGUUUAAAUAGGAAGUGUUACCGUUUUUGGCUUUCUGUCUCGUUAAAUUUGCUCAGUCAUUGAGUCGAAGUCGAAGAUCAAAACACACAUGAACACCAUAGUUAUAGUACAUUUGAGGGGCUGAGCGCAAUAGUCAGCUAACUGACAUUUUGAAAGUUUUGAGAAAAUCAAGUUUGAAAUUUUUCAUUGAUAAUAAAAUCAGUUUAUUUUCAAACAAGCAAUUACAACUAAUUUUCGAUGUAACAAACUAUUGAAAUUUUAACACAUAAACCUUUAACUAUUACCAUCCCUAUUUAAGGGGUAGGAGCCAAAAACGUUACUUAGUUGACUAUUGCACAACACGUAUUACCAGUUUAACAUUUUAAAACCAACUAUCUACAGUUGAUUUGUUAACAAAACACAAAAAUAUAGUGGCAUUGGCCAGACAUGGCACCUGUAAUAUCAUUUUUGGAAAUAACAUGAAUAAAACACUGAGAAUUGCACAAAACAUAUGUAUUGGUGAAUUAAGGCCAAAAAAAUAUUUUUUCAAAAAUUUUAAUGUGUGGUUGCCAUGGAAACGACGAUUAUGUAAUCCACUAAU